AUGCCAACUAUUAAACAACUUAUUAGAAAUACAAGACAGCCAAUCAGAAAUGUGACGAAAUCCCCCGCGCUUCGGGGAUGCCCUCAGCGCCGAGGAACAUGUACUAGGGUGUAU